ACGUACGCUCUACGAUCCAAAGAAAACUCAACGAAGCCUAACAAACCUGAAAAAGAAAUAAGCAUUAGUGUGUUCACAGGCCAGAAAGAAAGAAUGAUAUAUACAUUCCGGAUUCUCAAGACGUACACUCUACGAUCCAAAGAAAACUUAACGAAGCCUAACAAACCUGAAAAAGAAAUAAGCAUUAGCGUGUUUACAGGCCAAAAAGAAAGAACAAUGAAUGAAUGA